GUGGAGGGCGGGGUCAUGUGACAGGAGCCGCUGUCAUGGCGGCGGAGGCAGCGGUUCGGGGCCCGGAGGCGCCGCUGGAGCCGGAGCCGGAGCCGAGUUGGGUCCGGCCCCAGCGAGGCCGAGCUGGAGCUGGAGGGGGAGGAGCUGGUGCUGGAUGAAGUGGACGUUCACAUCCAGGCCAACCUGGAGGACGCGCUGGUGCAGGAGGCGCUGAAGACGGGCGUGGACCUGCGCGAAUACUCCAAGCAGGUGAGCUGGAGCUGCAGGAGGUGGAACGCGCGUCCAUCCGCGACUACAUCAAGGAGAGCGAGAACAUCGCGUCGCUGCACAACCAGAUCACGGCGUGCGACGCCAUCCUGGAGCGCAUGGAGCAGAUGCUGGGCGCCUUCCAGUGCGACCUGAGCAGCAUCAGCUGCGAGAUCCGCGCGCUGCAGGAGCACUCGGUGGCCAUGACCCUGCGGCUCCACAACCGCCGCGCCGUGCGCCGCCAGCUCGGCCGCCUGCUGGACCAGCUCGUCGUGCCCCCCGCCAUGAUCAGCGCCAUCCUGGAGGCGCCGGUGACGGAGCCGCAGUUCCUGGAGCAGCUGCAGGAGCUCAACGGGAAGAUCGACUCGGUGAAGGAGCAAGCGUUCCGCGACACCGUGGCCUGCGCCGACGUGCCAGUCCUGGAGAAGCUCAAGAUCAAGGCGGUGACCAAGAUCCGCGAGUUCGUGCUGCAGAAGAUCUAUUCGUUCCGCAAGCCCAUGACCAACUACCAGAUCCCCCAGAACGCCUUGCUGAAGUACAGGUUCUUCUAUCAGUUGCUGGCCAACGAGCGGGCGGUGGCGCAGGAGCUGCGCGAGCAGUACGUGGACACCGUGGGCAAGAUCUACCUGUCCUACUUCAAGUCCUACACCGCCCGCCUCAUGAAGAUCCAGUACGAGGAGGUGGCGGAGAAGGACGAUCUCAUGGGGGUGGAGGACACGGCCAAGAAGGGCUUCUUCUCCAAACCGUCGCUGAAGAACCGCAACACGGUGUUCACGCUGGGCAACCGCGGCGGCGUCAUCGCGGCGGCCGAGCUGGAGGCGCCCAUCAUCGUGCCCCACGCCGCGCAGAGGAGCGACCUCAGGUUCCCGUUCGAGUCGCUGUUCCGCAGCCAGCACUACGCGCUGCUGGACACGGGCUGCCGCGAGUUCGCCUUCCUCUGCGACUUCUUCAUGGUGACCGGCCCCAGCGCGCUCCAGCUCUUCGACGCCGUCAUGGGCAAGACCUUGGCCAUGGUCCUGAAGCACGUGGACGCGUACGUGUGCGACUGCUACGACGGCAUCGCCGUGUUCCUCUGCAUCCACAUCGUCCUGCGCUUCCGCGCCCUCGUGGCCAAGCGCAACAUCCCGGCGCUCGACAGGUACUGGGAGGCGCUGCUGGAGCUGCUGUGGCCGCGCUUCGAGCACAUCCUGGAGCUGAACAUCCAGAGCAUCCAGAGCACCGACCCGCAGAAGCUGGGCUUCCUGGACACGCGCCCCCACUACAUCACGCGCCGCUACGCCGAGUUCUCCUCGGCCAUCGUCAGCAUCAACCAGACCUUCCCCAACGAGAAGACGAACGCGCUGCUGGGGCAGCUGCAGGUGGAGGUGGAGAACUUUGUGCUCCGCGUGGCCGCCGAGUUCUCGUCCCGCAAGGAGCAGCUCAUCUUCCUCAUCAACAACUACGACAUGAUGCUGGGCGUCCUCAUGGAGCGAGCGGUGGAGGAGAGCAAAGAGGUGGAGGGUUUCCAGCAGCUCCUCUCCGCCCGCACGCAGGAGUUCAUCGAGGAGCUGCUGUCCCCCCCAUUCGGCGGCAUGAUCGCCUUCGUCAAGGAGGCCGAGGCGCUGCUGGAGAAGGGGCAGCUGGAGCGGCUGCGCGGGGAGGAGGCUCGCGUCACCCAACUGGCUCGAGGCUUCUCCAGCACCUGGAAGGCGUCGGUGGAGUCGCUGAGCCAGGACGUCAUGAGAUCCUUCAGCAACUUCAAGAACGGCACCAGCAUCAUCCAGGGCGCGCUGACGCAGCUGAUCCAGUAUUACCACCGGUUCCACAAGGUGCUGGCGCAGCCACCGCUGCGGGCGCUGCCGGUGCGCGCCGACCUCAUCAACAUCCACCACCUCAUGGUGGAGCUCAAGAAGCACAAACCCAACUUCUAAAUGGGGGGGGGGGGUGUUUGUGUGUCCCCCCCCCACCCCCAGGUGGCUGUCUGUCCCCCCACCCCCCCCCGGUGUCACAUUGUCACCCCACGAAACACGCGGAUAAAGGUGAGAAAGGA